AUGCAAAGACAGAUCGUUGGAACGCUCGACGCCCGCUUUCUUGAUCGCAUCCAACAAGAUAUCCUCGAGCAUCGAAACGACCAAGAAUACGACGUCUUGUACUUGACCUCAGUACCUGAUUCCAGACACAAUUUCCGUGUGCGUAUCGAGGAUUUUCCAAGCCUCGAUUUCGACAACUCCGAUCAGUUGUCUCAACGUCUCUUAUACGCAUAUACCCACCUCGACCAGGCUCACCCUCUUGGAGUGCCAUUUAUCAUCAGUCAAGUCUGCAAACCAGCAUGCAUUCGGGCGGAUCAUCCUCAUCCCAAAAACUCCCCGUCGGCUUCCUCCUACACAUAG